AGGCUGCAGACUGAGGACAGAAGAAGAAGAAGAAACGUUCACUCGUUUACUUGUCGGUUGUUUACUUCGCCGUUUUCUAACAGAGAUUCGAGCUGCGUCGCCAUGGCAACGGGCCGGUUGCUGGAGGUGUAUCUGGACCUUCUGUCGCAGCCCUGCCGGGCGGUGCACAUCCUGCUCAACUGCAACAACAUCCCGCACCGAGUCCGCACCGUGGCUCUGCGGAGAGGAGAGAACAGAACUCCAGAUUUCACCAAGAUGAACCCCAUGCAGAAGGUUCCCGUCAUGGUGGACGACGACUUCAUCCUGACAGAGAGUGAUGCCAUCCUGAAGUACCUGGCCACUAAGUACGACGUCCCGGAGCACUGGUAUCCACGGAAACCAGAGAGACGAGCACGGGUGGACGAGUACACCGCCUGGCAUCACAGCAACACUCGACCUCACGCUGCCAAAGUGUUUAUACUGGAGGUGCUCCUCCCAGCUCAGACUGGUUCUCAGGUGGAGGAGGGGCGUUUGAUUCGUGCUCUCUCUCAGCUCGAUGACACUCUGGAUAAACUGGAGUCCAUGUUUCUGCGCAGGCAGCCCUUCCUCUGCGGCGAUGACAUCACUGUGGCCGACCUGCUUGCCGUCUGUGAGCUUAUGCAGCCUCUGGGCGGAGCCAGAGACGUCCUGCAGCAGCGUCCUCAGCUGCAGCGUUGGAGGACUCGAGUCCAGUCGGCUGUCGGAGACUCGUUCGACCACGCCCACGCCGUCCUCUACGCCCUGCGAGACCGCCGCAAGGCCAAGCUGUGACGUCACCACAGAGGCCGGCCCACAGGAGUGAUGUCACACAGGCAGAGCCAAUAGGAACCUGCAGGAACAAAUCAGCUGUGUGGAAAUGUGUGAUGUCAUUAGUUUGAAAAUGUUAGGAGGUUUCGAGACGAUGAUGAUGAUGAUGAUGAUGAUGAUGAUGAUGGGGGUGUGUUUGUUUUAGUCUCCUGGUUCCUCCUCCUGUGGAGUCACUUUAAAUCAAGUCACAUGAUCACACGGAAACUUUCAAGUUUGGAAUCACUGAUUGAUCUGAUUGAUUAGUGAACAAUCUAAUAACAGAAUGAUUAUUUAUGAGCUGCUGCUUCACUGCUGGAACGAAACAAACACAAGUUCAGAAUCUUUUCACUGAUUGGCUUCAUGUUUAUUAUAUUAAAUAAAAACCUGAUCAGCUGGUUUCAAGCUGCAGUUUAACAUCAGACUGAAUCAGAUCUUAUUCUGCCUCUCUGGUCGCUCACGUCUCUAAUAAUCCGCUGUUUAUCUGCCUCACUGUUGCCAUGACAACAGAACAUCGUCAUCAGUCAGCUGAGUCUGAAGGAUAUUUCACCCAACUAAUACCUUCAGUUCAACUUUAUUGUUGAGCUGGAAACACAAGCUUUCAGUCACAUCUCAUGGCCUUCCUCAGCAGAUGAUGUCUCCCAGUUGUCAUGGAGAUGGUUCAGGUGUCAUCAUGUGACCCAAGUAUGAAACUAUAGUCACAUGACAACAGGUGGUUGGAUGUGUUGUGUUGUUGUUGUGAAAACAUGAAUCUGUCCUUAAAGCUUUCAUCCUUUUUAAAUGAAAGAAAAUAAACUUUAUUUUAAUUGUU